GGGGUUCCCGGGGCCUCGUGGAGAGCCUUCUGCCUGGGGGCCGGCGCGCCCAUCCGUCUGCCGCAUGGAGGGGCUGCGGGACACCGGCCGGAGCCGCAGCCCUGAGCGCGGCGGACUCAGAGGCCGGGGCCACGGGGCUGUGUCACCGCGGCCGGACAACGAGGAGCCUCCCCGGCCAGCCGGGCGGUUCCGUUUCCGUGGUGACGGGCCCGGUCUGCGGCCCGAGACCGGUCGGGUGGCGGGCGGUGCUGCUGUCUGGUCGAGAGGACCGGGCAACUGAUCCUCGCGCCCGCGAGCGUUUCCGCGGCUGUCCAGGUCUCCGAGCUCGCCAGGGAAAGGCGGGGAGGAGGCAAAUUCCAGAGCGUUCCCCCAGACCCCAUGGACUAGGACCCGGGGCCUUCGAGGAUCUCAGUCCAGGCCCCUUCCAAGGGGGUGUUGGUCCGGGCUGGAGGGGUCGGGAGUCACCUGCCUCUCCCCGCCGCUCCCAGCCCCUCUGAAUCCGAUCACACGGGGUUUGAGGCCGGCGGGUGUGGUUCAACUUUCCACCUCCUCCCUCGUCAAGAUGCUGUAGGGCGGAGACAGCGUGGACUUUGAAGAAGCGACUUAGCGGAUUCCGUUUGGUACACGGUCUCCCCGCCCCGCCUUAAUCUCGUCCACUCCCGCUCUUUACGUUGUAACUGAGGAGCCGACCUCGCGCGUUAUGUAAUCUGCGCAGUCCCAGCUUGUGAGGGGCAGACUCCGCACAGCGCUCGAUUUGUUGUCCUUCAGCAUCCAUUGGUAGUGAUCAUUAUCGCAGGGAACCGGUGGUUUCUAAAUGGCCCUCGCCGCAGCACCUUCACAGAGCCGUGCUGCCAGGCUUCCAGUGCCACCUGGAGCCCAGGUUUGGGCAGCAGAUCCCUACCAUAGGAAUAAAGAACUCCACCUUUACAUGAAUUGAGGACUCAUUUGAAAAGGAAAAAAAUAGUAGAAUAAGUCUUUUAAAAUAUGCUCAGCACAGACACGUAUGAGCUGAGAGGGAGAACCAGAAAUUAAAUAUUUGAAAAUUCAGUAAAAGCCCGAUAUGUGAUCACUAUUGAAAGGCGACUUUGUUUGUCUUACUUUGUGGACAGGAAGAGGAGGGAAUUGUUCUUGAGUGUUAAACUCCUUGAGGCUGCUCUGGGAUUUCUAAGACUUAGACAAAAAGAAGCACGUGGAGCUGAAGAUGGACCAGGCUUUGCUGCUCAUCCAUAAUGAACUGCCCGAGACAAACCUGACCGUCUACUGGAAUUUCGAUCGCUGUUACCAUUGCCUGCUUCAGGUUCUGGCCACCGUCCCGCAGAGCAGGAAGGCCGGGCGGCCGGGCGUCGCAGCCGUGGCCGUGGGCACCCAGCACGGGUCCAUCCUGCAGCUGAACGACACCGCGGAGGACAAGGAAGUCUGUAGGCUGGAGUACAAAUUUGGAGAAUUUGGAAACUAUUCUCUCUUGGUAAAGCACGUCCGUGAUGGAGUCAGUGAAAUUGCUUGUGACCUGGUCGUCAACAAGGAGCCGGUUGACAGUAACCUUCCUGUGUGUAUCGCGUUCCUUGUUGGCAUGGUGCUCGUCAUCGUGGUGUCCUUCCUGAGGUUCUUGCUGAGUUUGGAAGACUUCCAGAAUUGGAUUUCCAAAGCAAUCAAUUCUCGGGAAACCGAUCGCCUCAUCAAUUCCGAGCUGGGGUCCCCGAGCAGAGCGAGUGACCCCCAACCAGAGGCCUGGCGUCGGUCAGCGGCCCCGCUGCGCCUCCGCUGCGUGGACACGUUCCGAGGGAUGGCACUCAUCCUCAUGGUCUUCGUGAACUAUGGAGGCGGGAAAUACUGGUACUUCAAGCACUCGAGCUGGAACGGGCUGACGGUGGCCGACCUUGUGUUCCCAUGGUUUGUGUUUAUUAUGGGAGCUUCGAUUUUUCUGUCGAUGACUUCCAUUCUGCAGCGGGGAUGUUCAAAAUUCAGACUACUGGGAAAGAUCGUGUGGAGGAGUUUGCUGUUAAUCUGUAUAGGAAUUUUCGUUGUGAACCCCAAUUAUUGCCUUGGUCCACUGUCCUGGGAGAAGGCGCGCAUCCCCGGCGUGCUCCAGCGCCUGGGGGCCACCUACUUCGUGGUCGCCGUGUUGGAGCUGCUCUUCGCCAAGCCCGUGCCCGAGACCUGCGCCUCGGAGAGAAGCUGCUUUUCUCUGCUGGAUAUCACGGCCAGUUGGCCCCAGUGGCUCUUCGUGCUGAUACUGGAAGGCGUCUGGCUGGCCUUGACCUUCUUCUUACCGGUUCCUGGGUGCCCCACCGGUUACCUGGGGCCCGGCGGCAUCGGAGACGGGGGCAGGUACCGGAACUGCACGGGCGGCGCCGCGGGCUACGUGGACCGCCUGCUCCUGGGCGACCAGCACCUCUACCAGCACCCUUCUUCCGCUGUGCUUUACCACACCGAGGUGGCCUAUGACCCAGAGGGCAUCCUGGGGACCAUCAACUCCAUCGUGAUGGCAUUUUUGGGAGUUCAGGCAGGGAAGAUACUCCUGUAUUACAAGGACCAGACCAGAGGCAUCCUAAUCAGAUUCGCUGCCUGGGGUUGUCUUCUUGGGCUUGUUUCGGUGGCUCUGACGAAAGCAUCUGAAAAUGAAGGCUUUAUUCCAGUAAACAAAAACCUCUGGUCCGUCUCCUACGUCACCACGCUGAGCUCCUUGGCCUUCCUCAUCCUGCUGGCCCUCUACCCCGUGGUGGAUGUCAAGGGGCUGUGGACGGGAGCCCCGUUCUUCUACCCGGGGAUGAACUCGAUCCUGGUGUACGUGGGCCAUGAGGUCUUCGCCAACUACUUCCCCUUCCAGUGGAAGCUGGGGGACCAGCAGUCGCACAAGGAGCACCUCGUGCAGAACACGGUCGCCACCGCCCUGUGGGUGCUCAUCGCCUACGUUCUCUAUAAGAAGAAGGUGUUCUGGAAAAUCUGAGGCCCCAGCCGAGAUGCGUUCCUGGCAGAACCACUGGGCCCCGGGGAUCACUGACGGAGUCCUUGCUUACAAAACAGAUGGGCUGUGUGUUUCCCGCAGGGGCAAUGCGGACAUGCUCAGGCUGGUCGACUGGGACACAGCUUGUCCAACUCGGCCUCUGCACGCAGAACUCAGGCAGCUGACCCGCCGUGGCCUCUUCGCUCCAUCUGCUGGGUGGACGGCUGCCUCUGGAACUUCAUUCUCAGGAUGUGUGGCUGAACUUUUCCUGAGGGAUGGCCAGGCGCCUUUGCUUCUGUGCCGGAUGAAGCCGCCUCGGGUCUGCUUUCCCUGACCGUGUUUCUGCAGCCUUGUCUUCCCACACUUGUCCACGGAGACCAAGACGCCACCAUCUCUGCCGUGUCUGACUGUGAAGCUCACUGGGUGUCACGGACAGUAGCAUAGUCUACUAUAUUUUGGUUACGUAGUUUAAUAUUCCAAGAAAGUCCAAGUAAUAUCCUUUCAGAUCUGUAAGGUAUGGGUGGGUCCAAAAAAAUGCCUUUCCCUCAGAAGCCAUGUUCUGCAUUUCCCCACUUGAAAAAUUAGUGAAACUGUAGACAUGUGAUUCCUGGCCACCCUCGCCAGCAGUUACCUACCUAGGCACCUCCCUGAGCUCAUCACCUCUCCAUCUGUCUGCCCACCCGCCUCCCACCCGUCUGUCUGUGUAUCUGGAGGGGAGGGUCCCCCGAGCCAUCCUCUGUCUCUAGGAAGAGAGGAGCCCGCGUGCUCUGCCAUCCUCGCCGGACAGGUCCUCUCCAGCCCCUGGACCCAGUGGGGUGGGAGGCAUCAGUGGCUUUCCUGAAAUCCUUAGAAGAGAUCAUUUUGUUACCGAAAACGCUUCAAAAUAAAUGAUGUUUAAAAAGCUC